AUGGCUCUUUUCACCAUCGGUGCCCUCGCUGCCCCUGCUGCGAGCGACUCCGGGAUCCAACGCCACGAGUUUGAUCAGCAAGACGGCCUUGUUGCCGCUCACGAAAUCAAAGGUGCUGCUGCAAGCGCUGGGCUCCAGGCAUGGGGCAACAAUCACGAGCAGCGGCCUGGAAAAGGCUCCAAGUCACGGCCCGGCGAGGCUGGCCAUUCACGGCGCCGCAAGUACAAGCCGCGGGGUGAGAGAAGGGUCUAUCUUGUUCCGCGGCCGCGUACGCUUACCUGUCCGCAUCCGCAAUGCGACGCAAUAUUUGCUCAUGAAGAGGCGCUUGAACGUCAUAAAAAGCUGCGUGGGCAUGAGGUACAAGGCACACCGACACAAUGA